AUGCACGCGGGGCCCCUGGGGCUCCCCGCCCUGCUGCUGGCGGCCGAGCAGAGCGCGCGCCUCUGCGCCACGGUCUACUACUUCACGUCCGGACAGCUGCUCUGGGGGUGGCUGGCCCUCGCUGUGCUGCUGCCUGGCUUCUUGGUCCAGGGCCUGAGCUACCUGUGGUCCCGCGCCGACGGACAUGGAGGGGAUCUCUGGUUGGCGGCGCUGCCCCUCCGGCUGGGCGUGUGGAAGCGGCACUGGGAUGUCACCGUGACCGCCCUGUGGAAGGAAGCGGCAGCCCCCGCCCGCCUGCAGCUGCUCCUGGAGGCCGACCUGUCAGCUCUGCGCCUCCUGGAAGCCCAGCUGCAGACGGCCCACCUGCUGCUUCACACCUGCGUCUUCCUGGCCUCGGACUUCACAGACGCGGUGCCCGGGGUGAGCGCCCUGUGCUCCUGGUGCGUGCUGUCCUGGGCCCUGGUGUGCUAUGCUUGUGCCGUGGGUUCCGUGAAGCCGGGUCACCUCUCCGUGCCAUGGGCCGCCCUCUUCUGCCAGCAGCUCUGGAGGACGGGCAUGUUCUUCAGAGCUCAUCACGCCUGGGGUGCCCACUGGCUGGUGAUGACACUCUGGCUCGUGGCCCAGCAGAGUGACAUCGUCGACAGCACCUGCCACUGGAGACUCUUCGACCUGCUCGUGGGGGCCGUGUACGUCCUCUGCUACCUCAACUUCUGGGACGGCCCUUCCAGAAGCAGGACGGUGACCUUCUACCUGAUUAUGCUGCUGGAGAACAGUGUCCUGCUGCUGCUCGCCACUGACUUCCUCCAGGGGGCGUCGCGGACCAGCCUGUGGACCGUGGCAGGAGUCUUGUCGGGAUUUCUGAUUGGCUGUGCCUCGCUGGUCGCUCACUACAGCCGGUUCCACCCCGAGUCCGCGGCCAUCCGGGAGCGCUUCGUGGGGAACGCCUGUGGCCCUGCAGCGGACAGCCACCCAGAGACGGAGUCCGCUCCCCAGGCCACCGCUCCAGCUGGGGAGAGGCCGGAGAGCCCAGGCACGUGCCCAGGGGAAGGUGAUGAGCUAACAAGCCAAGGGAAGCCCCCCAGCCUGCAGUGCGGCCCCCCGGAGGCUGGGCUGGAAAGCCAGGCGGCUGGGGGGACUCUCUGCAGCCACCACCACUGGCUGCUAGUGAAACUUGCCCUGAAAACAGGAAACGCGUCUAAGGUCAAUGCGGCCUUUGGAGACCCACCUGGCUGCUUGUGUCCCCCUCCCUGGGGCCUGAGCCAACAUGACAACCAGCAGGAGAAGCCGCUGUUGCCCCAGCAAGAGCCCCCCUUGGCACCUGGCGACCCCCUGACCUCAGAGAGAGGCUCUGAGUUUCAAGGUGACUCGAAAGCAGGGGCCGACUGGCUGGAGACCUCGAGUUACAUGUCUUUUGACGGUGAUCAUCAUGACAGAGCUCCUGUGCAGAGGGCGGAGGGCAGCCGGGAGGGGGGAGCGGGUUCCGUUUCUAGGGUGCAAGAAGGAGGUGCAGGCGGGCAGCUGAAAGGAGGCGGCGGACAGGAGAGCUCCUCCCUGUACUUCAGCACCACGGCCGAAGGGGACACCUCCCCACACCGAGAAGAGUUCCCUGGCAGAUCGCUGGGCGGCUCAGAGAGUGGGGAGCCACAGGAGCCCGUGAGGGACCCGGGUCCCCCUGCCACGGCUGGUCGGAGGUCACUGUCAAAGCCACCUCCUAACACCGUCACUUCGGGGCUUCACCCCGUGAAGUUCGGGGACACGGCCCAGGCCAGGUGCAUCCUGACAGAAGGCCUGUGUAUCCGGGAAGGUGGAGGUCGACCCGGGGCAGCUGGAGUUUUCCACACCUGCAGCCGUCGGUCGGGCUACCGUCCCCGCCGUUCCUCACUCCAGAAAUACAGAGGACACCGCAGGCGCUAA